AUGACCGACAUGGCAGCUAAUCUCGCAGCCGAGCUAACACAGCACCUACAUGCCCGCCAUCUCUACCCUACCGCCGCCUGGCUGCAGGGCUUCCUCUCCACAACCCGGCCCAACACGCCGUUGCCCGCCGUCAAGCAGACAGCCCACUUCCGCCUACUAGCUACCGACAUAACCGCGUCGCUCAGCCAGCCUGCAGGCUCCGUAUUUCCCGACGAUGUGCUAAAGGGUACUACAAAAUCCCGCAUCGUCCCUGGUCCAGUCGUCUGCCAGGUGCUCGACGUCGAAGAUAUAGGCCACUCGCGCUGGUCGCAGGUCGAAUCUAUCGAAGCGCAGGAGCGGGGCGAGAUGACAAAAGGAAGGGAGAUUGUGCGCGUUGUAGAGCAGGAGGAUGAGGGCACUGCUGAAGCUGCGGCUCCUGUGCUGAGCAAAGGGCCAUUCAAGCUGCUACUGCAAGAUGCCAAAGGCCUCAAGAUCUACGCCAUGGAGCUAAGAGGCAUAGAUGGGCUCAAUACCAACAUGGCCAUGGGCGUCAAACUCCUCCUGAAGAACUUUGACGUGAGGAGAGGCGUCGUCAUGCUUGAGCCCGGCAAUGUGCAAGUGCUAGGUGGAAAAUUGGAGGCACUAGACAAGGCUUGGAAAGAGGGAAGAAAGGAAAGGCUCAUGGCAUCUGCCAGGGUGACGGGAUAG